AUAAUUUUCUGUAAUUAUCAACAUCGAAUGACAAUUGACAUGACAGUUGUUGAAAAGAAAAACAAAUACAUAUUUUGCAAUUAAAAUCGACAAAUUUAAUAAGGAAUUAUUUUUUAUAAUUUUAAUUGGAUAUUUAUGUUUUUUAUAAAAUGACAACCUUUAGUUGUACUCCGGAAUCUGCAAAAGCUAUAUUAACUGAUGUUUUGGCGGCAUUAAAUGCACCGGAAAAUAUACAAAAAAUGUCUGUUGCUAAAGAAAAUUCAGGAAAUGAAAUGUUAAAAAUGAUGCAGUUUGUUUUUCCAAUUGUCACGCAAAUUCAAAUGGAAGUUUUGCGAAAAUACGGUUUUCCUGAAGGAAGGGAAGGAACAGUUCAAUUUGCACAAUUAAUUAGAACCCUAGAGAGAGAAGAUUCGGAAAUUUUACGACUUCAUAAUCAAGUGAGACAACAUUUUCUUCCACAUAUUCCAGUCGAUACAUCAGCUGAAGCAUCUCUUUAAUUAGAAAAUUUUUUUACGUUUUUCUUUAUACGUUUCAUAAACAUUUUUUAAGUUUAUUUUUUUUAAAAUGAAGUACUUUAAGCUACUUUAAGCAUUUAUAUUUUUAUCGUACGUUCAAUAUAAAAUUACGCUUGUUUUUACCUAUUUUUAAAAAUAUUUUUUUAAAAUAAAAUUCACAAUUAUUACUCAA